UGAUCAAUUAUUGCGAUUUUUUAAAAUGAACGGAAUAUUAUUGUGAGGUUAUUUCCAAAGUGGUUACGGAAAUACCUUGAACAUUGGACUGACUACCCGAAGUGCCAUAGAGAGCAUCGACAGUACCGAUAUUUUUGAGUAAAAACCUCGAGGAUCAUAAUGAGCAAUAUUCGUUCAAAUUUUCCACCAGAGAAUGAGGCCAAGGAAAUUAAUGAAGAAUUCUCCGAUCCCCAAGAGAAGGGUCCUCCACGAACUUCCCAUGUCAACGAAAAGGCGGAGGUGUACGUAAUCGAUUUGCGACAUGAUCUCGAGAAUAAUAAGAAUAAUCCAUACAAAUAUUUCUUAGUAUACAUAGAAGCCUAUUCCCACUAUACUGUGCUGAAACCCCUGAGACUGAAUAAUGAAGAAGAAAUUGCGGAGAACCUCCUAGAUAUUUUUUCCAUCAUAGGAUGUCCAGUCAUAAUCAACUACUACAAUAGCAGUAUUAACAAGAACUCUGAAAAACUAUCAGAAGUGCUAGGAGCCUACAAAAUACCCAUCUUCAACGUAAAAGUGGAAGAAAACACCAACAAAGAAGGCUCGAUAUCUCUGGGAAACCAUUUGAAGGAGCAAUUGUUCGAUUGGAGUAGGGAAAAUCCGAACAGCCUCCUCCAAAUCGGUCUCAAAUCUCUCCAGAUGACUACAAAUAAUAGAAUCAACGAACUAACAAAUAAAUCCCCAUUCCAACUAUUGUUCAAUCAAUUGUUAGUUCUCAACACUGUCAAAUAUUCUCCAAACACCACCGAAACCAAGAAACUCGUGACCAAUUCCAAAUCUCCCCGGCCACGUCCCAAUGCCAAGCAAUCCCCAAAGUCCUCCUCAAGCAUCCCCUGCCCCUAUUGCUCUCUGAAAUUCACCUUCCCAAGUGUCUUAAAACGUCACCUGCGAUCUCACACAAAUGAGCGCCCCUACGUCUGUGAAAUUUGCAAUAAAACGUUCAAGCAAUCGGGCCACCUGAGCCAGCACUGCUUGAGCCACGCCUUCCCGACCUCCCAGUGUCCGAUCUGCAGUACAAAAUUCGAAUCCCGGGACCAAUUGAAAGCCCACUUGUCCAGACACCACAGGAAUAAACGGGGAAUACAGAGCAAGCCGAUAUUUCAGUGUGACAGUUGCAAGAAAGUCUUCACGAUAAAAAGUGUCUUGGAGCGACACAUCCUGACGCACACCCACGAGCGUCAGUUCGACUGCAAAAUCUGUGGAAAGAGAUUCAAGCAGGCAGGACACCUGAAGUCUCACACGCUGGUUCAUACCGGGGAGAAGAAGUUUGUAUGUUCGAUAUGCUCAAAACGUUUUACACUCUCCAACAGCCUCAAGAAGCACAUGUACGUUCACAACGGGGAGAAACCUUAUCAGUGCGAUGUGUGUGGGUCCAGGUUCCUCGAGAGAAGAAAUUUGAACGGUCACUUGAUGACCCACACGAAUGAGAGACCCUUCGGCUGUAAAAUAUGUGAUAAACGUUACACUUUGGCGGACACAUUGAGGAGACACGUCAGUGCAGCUCACGAGAAUGGGAGGACUUAUCAGUGUGAGAUCUGUGCGAAGAUGUUCAAACAAUUGGCGCAUCUGUCGGUUCAUAAGAAAGUUCAUACAGAUGAACGGCCCUUUCAGUGUCACCUUUGUGAUAAAAACUUUAAACAUAAGAAUGUGCUCAAGAGCCAUCUGGCUAUUCAUGCUAAUGUGAGACCCUUUGAGUGCGAUGUCUGCAAGGCUACCUUUGUCAGGAAGACUAAUCUCCAGACACAUAUCACGUCCGCGCACAUGAAUGAACGACCGUAUUGUUGUAAUAUUUGUAACAAGAGGUUUAAACAGAUUAGUCAUUUGAAUGGACAUGUUAUUGUGCAUAGUAACUCUAUGCCAUUUCAGUGUGAUUAUUGUGAGAGGAGAUGUAACAGACUGGAUAAUCUGAAGAAGCAUAUGAAGCUGCAUGAGAAGAAUAAAGGGGUAUGAGGAUUAUUUUGGUAUUUUUGCGGAGAUCAGAUAUUGAGCUGGAAAGCCCACGAUUAUUUAAGGGAUUUGUUGUUGAAAGAUAAAAUACCGAGAUGUCAGAACAUAAUUUUUUCAUUAUUUAAUUUGUUUGUCACAACUUUAUAACGAAGGAUCUAACUAUCGUUAAGGUAUUGCUUCGUCUGUGGUUUCUAAAGACGAAUCUAAUCGAUCUAAUCGGAUCUCUUCAGGCUCCAGUACUUCUGGUAAAUACGGAUCAUCAUCCACAUAACUUUAAGCAAGAUAAUAAAGAAAAUGGCAAGCAAUGGUGGGAAAUUAAAUAACCAACAGUAUUAUUUUUUUAAUAAAGAAUUUUUCAUUUGAA